CGAACACAAGCGUCAGGUUCAGCUUUUUCCUAUGCUCUUCACAGCCAUGUGCAAGUAGACACAUUUGACAAGAUAUAACUAUGACACUGAGUCUGCUGGGCCUAAUGCGGCCGGUUUUGUGCCGAUCCCUCGUCGCCCUGGUCCCCAUGGUGAGGUCUCCUCAGCUGGUAGUCAUCUCCAGGGUCCAACUGCUGCUCCCAAAUAUCUUUCAUCAAAACAUGGUCCCCCCUGCUGCCUCCUGCGUACGCUUCUACGCCACCAAGAAGAGUAAAGCUAAGGCAGCAAAGGGCCAGGCUUCCAAAGUGAACAUCAACUCCUCGCUGGUGGAGGACAUCAUCAGUCUGGAGGAAGUGAAGGAGGAUAUGUCCGCCGUCCUCACCACCCUGAAGGACGACUUCAGCCGCAGCCUGAGCAUCAGAUCCUCUCCAGGAGCUCUGGAUCACAUUGUGGUGUCCACGGCAGACGGCAAGUUCCCACUGAACCAGCUGGGUCAGAUCUCCAUGAAGUCCCCUCAGCUCAUCGUGGUCAACAUGACCGGUUUCCCAGAGGCCGUGGCUGCUGCCACCCGCGCCCUAAGAGAGAGCAGCAUGAAACUCAACCCUGAGGUGGACGGAACCAUAAUCAAGGUGGCCAUUCCCAAGGUGACGCGGGAACACAGGGAGAACCUGGCUAAGCUAGCUAAGCAGUUCGGUAACAAGGCCAAGGAGUCUCUGAGGAGGGUGAGAUCCAACGCUAUCACUCAGGUGAAGAAGGCCAAGGACACCGUCUCCGAGGACACCAUCCGAUUGGUGGAGAAACAGGUUGGGCAGAUGGCGGACAGCUUUGCAGCAGAUGUAGACAAGCAGUUGACUACCAAGACAAAAGAGCUGCUGGGGUGAUGACGACUAACAGCACCACACCUUUAUUUUUGAUACUGUCACGUUUGCAACCGUUCCUCCUGCAUAUAUGACUGGACACGAUACUGCACACGAUACUGCACACGGUACUGGACACUAGUUGAUGGAGGUCUAGUACUGUGCUGUAGAUUUUUUUGGCGCUCGUUGGGGGCUUGUUUGUGUGUUCCAGAAGUUGGCAUCGCACAACAGCGGCUGCUGGGUUCCUCACUCACUCUCGUCUUCAAACAAACACAGAGGGGAGAAAUUGACUUUUAAUGGCUUCUGGGAGCCUCCUCCUAAUCAAACUGAUGCUACAGAGAGCUGUGUUUAUGUAGAAAGCACCACACUCGACGUAAACUGAGUGGCUUUUCUGGUCUGAGACACCGAGACAAUCUCCCAGAGGACAGGAAGAAAUAUGUAUGUGGUGCCAGCAUUUGUUUCAGAUUCACCCUUAAAGGGAUAGUAAACGAUUUUACACAUUACAUUUUUGUUUUCUUACACUUGGAAGCAGCCUCUCGACAUUGAGUGACUGCAACCCUUUAAUGCCACUCAACUCACUGAUUAGUUCUGUCAGUUUGUCCAGGAUUAAUCCUACAGCUAUCAAUGCAAACACAAUAAAGUGGCUACUACCAUUA